GGGUUGUUGAGGGAGAGGGGUUGUACACUUGUAGUCUUUGCGCAGCUGAAGCCCGACUACACCCUUUCAUCAAUCGAUUUCGAGUCGAGGUAGUUUCAAAAGGGAGAAUUCAUAGGCGCUGGAUCGGAUCCUCUGUCGCAAAUUCUUUCCUUCCACCUGUCACUUUCUCUCAAGAGAUAGUGUAGUGACGAAUUAAGGUUAUUGAUCAAUUGAGAGGAGUUGGAGAAGCAGGAUUUAUGGAGGCAAAAAUUGCAACGAGUUUGCAACUCUCCCCAUGGAUUAGUUCAGAAAAUAGACUGCCAAAGUCCAAUGGCUCGCUGAGGUUUUCCAAGUGUCAGACCAAACAUCAGAGAAGUCAGAUGUUAAUUUCCUGUCACUUUCAACCUAUAAAAGCCAAGAGUUGGCACAAACAAUGUUUGCUGACGGCUUCAUGUUCUUCUCAGGAUUCUCAAGCUUCUAUUAUGGAAUCUGAAAACUCUCUACCAUCCCUUGAUGAAGUUCAAGUUUUGAAGAGUAAGUCAGAAGAGAUUGAACCGUACCUAAGCGGGCGAUGCAUAUAUCUUGUUGGAAUGAUGGGCUCUGGCAAAACAACCGUUGGCAGAAUUAUUGCAGAGGCACUUGGCUAUGCAUUUUUUGACUGUGAUACACUUAUAGAGCAAGCUGUUGGUGGAACACGUGUUGCUGAAAUCUUUAAGCUACACGGCGAGGGCUUCUUUAGAGACAAUGAGACAGAGGUCUUGCGCAAGCUUUCUUUGAUGCGUGAGGUUGUUGUUUCCACUGGUGGGGGUGCGGUUGUUCGGCCCAUUAACUGGAGAUAUAUGCACAAGGGCGUUAGUGUCUGGUUAGAUGUACCUGUGGAUGCCUUAGCUAGGAGAAUUUCAGUAGUUGGAACUCAUUCCCGGCCCCUAUUACAUAAUGAAUCUGGGGACAUUUAUGCCAAGACUCUCAAACGUUUGUCUACACUUCUGGAUGAAAGGGAGGAUGCAUAUGCCAAUGCCAAAGCUAGGGUUUGCCUAGAAAAUAUUGCUGCAAAAAGCGGUUGCAUUGAUGUUUGCACUAUCACUCCUACGGAGAUUGCCAUUGAGGCACUUGUACAAAUUGGAAACUUUUUGAAGAAAGAAAGUAGAGAAGUGCAUUGAGCUCCAUCAUAUACAUGCAUUUUGGUCAAUGCUCUUCAAUCUGAUGACAUGACUUCCAAUCUGCUUCUGUUUUGUUUUUUUUUUUUUUUUUUGUUUUUUUGUUUUUUUUUUGUUCUUCUUUUUCCUGCCCAACGACAACAUGUAAUAUACCCGGGGUGGUAGUUCAAGUGGCAAAUGAGCUCUCUUUGUGGGGGAGAAUUUCGGGUUCAAUUCUCACAAGCGAUGAUUCCCCAUGGGCCAGCUCCAUGGCUCUCGGAGCAAACGGGGAUUAAUCGGGUGGACCUGGACCGAUAGAGAAAGACCCGGACCACCUCGUGGUUUACACCAAAAAAAAAAAAAAAAAAA